AUCCUCCUUAAAUUAUUUCGUAUAUUCAUAAUAUAAUCCCAAUAACAUGACAAUUAAAUGUUAUAAAAAAAAUCACACAAACAUGUCAAAUUAAAUUUCUGUCACAACUAAAAUUUCCCACAAGUUAUGUAACAAAGUCAAGAUUUCCUUUAGCUAUAUGACAAUGUCUGAGCUCACCGGUGAUCGGAAUGUCGCCGGAAGUAGAACAAUAGUGGUCGGAGUAAAGUUAGAUUCAGAAAGCAGAGAAUUACUUACAUGGGCUUUGGUCAAAGCAGCUCAUCCUGGUGAUCGUGUUAUAGCUCUUCAUGUUCUUACUAAUAAUGUGAAGCAUGAUGGGAAGUCUUCAUUGUUGUCCCUAGUAAAAGCAUUUGAUUCAGUUCUUGCUGUUUAUGAUGGAUUUUGUAACCUCAAACAGGUGGAUUUAAAGUUAAAGAUAUGUAGAGGAGAGUCAAUUCGAAAAAUACUUGUAAGAGAAGCGAAAUCUUAUGGUGCUAAUGAGGUUAUAGUUGGCACGGCAAGAACACAUCAUGCGAUGAAAUCAUCAUCUUCGGUAGCAAGAUAUUGUGCUAAAAAGUUAUCGAAAAGUUGUUCGAUAGUAUCUGUUAAUAAUGGUAAAGUUGUGUUUCAUAGGGACUCUCCUUCAUCACCAUCAAUUGUCAGUGCAAAAGGGAGUACAGAUCACCAUAAAAACCGAUUAUUGAGUAUGUUUCAUAAAUCGCUUAGUUUGAAUCCCAAGUUAUUGAAAAAUGGAAAUGAGAGAGAUAGUAAAUGCAAUCAAUAUAACUGCAAUAAAAUGGAGUUAGCAUUAGUGAAAACGGAAUCUAAAUACAAUUGUUCGAUUUGUUCACCGGAUUCAGUUCUUCCCGGUAGUGCUUGUGUUCUUGAGGAAACAGGUGAUGAUGAUGAGGAUGAUGAAAGUUUUAUGGCUUUAGUGCCGUUACAAAAGCUUCAAGAAACUUCAAGAGACUUGACUGAACUGAUACCUGGUUGGCCAUUACUUCGUCGGGCUAUUUCUUCGAAUAGGCUUUCAUCGGAUAGAUCUCCUGCCCGUCAGAUCUCUGUUGUUCAAUGGGCUAUGAGGCUGCCGAUUAGGAACCAGUUACUGAUUACAAAUAUUGAUUCAAGUGAUCAUGUAGUUGAUGACGAAAAGGACGGAUAUUUAGAUGGUGCAAUUGUGGUUCAUGGUGAUGAGAUUCAAUAUGAUUCUUCCUCUUCAGUGAAUUCUGAUUCACUUAGCUUACCAGAAGAACUGGAGGGUCUUCAUGAGAAGUACUUGAGUAGUUGUAGAUUGUUUGAUUUUCAAGAACUUGUAACAGCAACGAUGAACUUCAAGCCAGAGAAUAUAAUUGGUAAAGGAGGGAACAGUCAGGUGUACAGAGGUUGUCUUCCUGAUGGAAGGGAACUGGCUGUUAAAAUCUUGAAGACAUCUAAAGAUGUAUUACAAGAAUUCUUGUUGGAAAUCGAGAUUAUUACUGCUUUACAUCAUGAAAACAUUAUUUCACUUUUUGGAUUUUGCUUUGAAGACAAUAAACUCCUUUUGGUUUAUGACCUUUUAUCAAGAGGAAGCCUUGAGGACAAUUUGCACGGGAAUAACAGGGAUACCAUACUUGGAUGGAAUGAACGGUACAAGGUUUCUGUGGGUGUAGCCGAGGCACUCGUAUAUCUGCACAGUAAAUGCGAAAAACCUGUGAUCCAUAGGGAUGUCAAAUCAUCUAACAUCUUAUUAUCCGAUGAUUUUGAGCCACAGCUUUCUGAUUUUGGACUCGCUAAAUGGGCUGCACCGAGUGGGCUACAAAUCACAUGCACUGACAUUGCUGGCACUUUCGGGUACUUGGCUCCCGAGUAUUUUAUGCAUGGAAAAGUUACUGAGAAAAUCGAUGUCUAUGCAUUUGGUGUUGUGCUUCUUGAGCUUCUCACAGGAAGGAAACCAAUAAGCAAUGCUUAUCCAAAGGGUGAAGAGAGUUUGGUUAUGUGGGCAAAGCCAAUUCUGAAUAGUGGGAAAUUUACCCGAUUGUUGGACCAAAGCUUGGGUGAUGACUAUGAUGUUGAUCAGAUGGAGAGGAUGACUCUUGCUGCUACGCUCUGUAUCCGUCAUGCACCACGAGCUCGGCCCAAUAUGAGCACUAUUCUAAAACUGCUUCAAGGUGACGUGGAGGUGACAAAAUGGGCACAACUAGAACUCGACUCAACAGGAGGGUCCGAUGCAAGACUAUAUAUCAGCAACAUACCAGAAGAAAUAGAGGGGUUGGAAGACGAAGGGUUUUCACCAUCAAAUCUAAGGUCACAUCUUAACCUUGCUUUACUUGAUAUCGAAGACUCGUCUCUUUCCAUGAGCAGCAUUGAGGAAAACAUGUCCAUAGAGGAUUACCUAAGAGGAAGAUGGAGCCGAUCAUCGAGUUUUGACUAAAUUGUACAGUAAAUAAUAAAAAUAGAAUAUGGAAAGUCUUAAGCCAUUGGAUUGUUGAUAGGUGUUUAGAUAGAGGAGAGGUUGUAUUGUUGUGUGGUAGACCUCCUCCUUGCAUCUCUCAGUUGAAUAAACAACUGGACAUCAAUCACAGUGAGCUUUUUAGCUAAUAAAAUUUGGGAGAUCAAGUCUGAGUAAACAAGCUUCUAAGCUAAUAAAAUUGUUAACAUAAAUUUGAUGUUUGUGCUUCA